ACCAUUUUUACCAAACACUUCUGCUCUGUACUACACUCACUGAGUCACUCACUAAAUAUGGCAGCGAGUUCAAAAUUCAAUCUCGCUGUUCUCAUAAUUCUCUCGUUAGCACUAACAGCAUUUGCAGAGUGCGAGUCAAAAUCCGGUCCCGGCGGCGGAGAAUGUCGAAGCAAGGCGAAAUCAUUGAAGCUAAAGCUGAUCGCAAUAGCUUCAAUCUUGAUCACGAGCAUGAUCGGAGUAUGUUUACCGUUGUUUUCGCAUUCGGUUCCGGCAUUGAAGCCUGACAAAGAAUUAUUCUCUAUUGUUAAAGCUUUUGCGUCCGGUGUUAUUCUAGCAACUGGCUAUAUGCAUGUGUUACCUGACUCUUUUGAUGACUUGACAUCGGACUGUUUGCCGGAGAAUCCUUGGAGGAAGUUUCCGUUCACGACUUUUGUGGCUAUGUUGUCCGCUUUGGUGACGCUUAUGGUGGAUUCGUUUGCGAUGAGUCAUUAUAAGAAGCUAGGUGCGAGCGGCGGUGGCAGUUAUCUUCAUAAUCAUCAUCAUGUUCAGGAGAAGAUUGGAAAUGGAGGGAGUGGUGAAUUAGGGAUUGUUAAGGAUGAGGUGAAACCUGAAAAUGAGAAUGCUACUUCUGAAGUUUUGUUGAGGCAUCGUGUCGUAGCUCAGGUAUUAGAACUUGGAAUUGUAGUACACUCGGUUGUGAUUGGUUUGUCAAUGGGAGCAUCAGAUAACCAAUGCACAAUAAGACCACUUAUAGCAGCUCUCUGCUUCCAUCAACUCUUUGAAGGAAUGGGUCUCGGAGGCUGCAUUCUACAGGCUGAGUAUGGAACGAGGAUGAAGGCAAUAAUGGUAUUUUUCUUCUCAGCAACUACACCAUUUGGAAUUGCACUAGGCAUUGGGUUGUCGAAUAUAUACAGUGAGAACAGUCCAACUGCUCUGAUUGUGGUGGGAUUAUUGAAUGCUUCAUCAGCAGGAUUACUGAAUUAUAUGGCAUUGGUUGAUCUGUUAGCAGCUGAUUUUAUGGGGCCUAAGUUGCAGCAGAAUGUUAAGCUUCAGAUAAAAGCUUAUCUUGCAGUUUUACUAGGGGUUGGAGGCAUGUCUCUCAUGGCUAAAUGGGCUUAGGCUGGCAGAGGAGAGCUGCGCAAUUUUGUAAAAUGUAGGAACGUUGUUAGUUGAUUGGUCUAUGAGGCACGCAAACAAAAUUCAAUGAAAUUUCAUUUUUCUUCAAA